GUACACUGGCAUGGCUGGGACUUGAUCCCAUGCCAGUUCCGGUCAGAAUAUAGGUCUUAUUUCAUAGUUAGGUUUAGAGAUAGCCAAGGUAAAUGGCUCCGUUAAAAUCUGAGUACGAAAUAUCCAAGGUAAUGGUUUAGUGGUUAGAUUCAAUUAGAUAGUCUAGUUAAAGACUUAAUAGGACCUAAUUAAUAAAAUAAGAUGAUCUCGGAGUAGAUCUAUUAAGACAGUACCAUCUAUUUUCUCCCUUGAGGUUGAAAUGUACGUAAUUCUUAGCUAAUUACAAUUCGAAUUAUAUAAUUAGGACAAGUCCAAAACAUGAUUGUCGUUUUGAUAGGCUCUGCCUAUUUUGUAAAUAAUGUGUAAAUCUCCUCUCUCUUUUGGUUUCUUGCUUGUUAAUUCGAAUCAUAUUAUCAUUAUUUUCAAUAGAGCUUAAUUUUAUGUUGAUAGGUAGGUUUCCUUUUAUCCUAAAUACCCAUCCCAAUAAUCCAAUAUGUGAAUCCUUUUAUACCUACAACACUCGCUCCUCUCCCUAGUCUAAAAAUAUUCAUCAAUUUCCUAAUACCUAUCCAACACUCGAAACGUGUACUUUUGCACUUGUACUGAUGCCCAAACAAGUACAUAUUUAACGACUAAGCGAUCAUACAAACACAUUCAACAAGCUCCUAAUCUGUAUCGAUGAACUUGAAAUUUCUUUCAUUCAUUAAUUAAAAAUCCGAUAGCGUUGUCUAUUGUUGAAAACAAAUAAGAUUGUAUGUACAAUUGUCAGUCCCGACACGUACCUAGUUCCAACAACACAAUUUUUCUCUUUUCAACUAAACUUUUUCGAUUUGUAAUAAUUAUGGAUAACUUUAAGCCAGUUACUCAUGUGAUUUUUGAUUUAGAUGGUUUACUUUUGGAUACCGAAAGUAUAUAUUUUAAAUUAGACUUUCAAGUAUGUGCGAAAUAUGGUAAAGAAUUUACUCACGCGAUUAAAGAAAAAUUACUCGGGACGACGGAGUUUCGUUCAGCCGAGAUAAUUAUCGAAGAAUUAGAUUUACCUGUGACUGUUCAAGAAUAUGUAGAUCAGGUGAAAAAAAUGCUGUUGGAGGUUGUGAGUAACGUUGACUUGAUGCCAGGAGCUGAAAAAUUAAUGCGGCAUUUAAACGAAAAUAAUAUUACAUUUGCCGUUGCUACCGGCGCUAGUUAUCAAAUGUAUCUUUUAAAAAUACAAAAAAAUGAAAAAUUAUUUUCAUUAGUUGAUCAUGUAACCGCCGCCAGUUCAGAUCCUGAUGUUAAACAUGGUAAACCAGCUCCUGAUGUGUUUCUAGUCUGUGCAGAACGAUUUAAAGAUCAGCCUCAUCCAAGCAAAUGUUUGGUUUUUGAAGAUGCUCCAGGCGGUGUCAUUGCUGCAGUUAGAGCCGGAAUGCAAGUCGUGAUGGUGCCAGACGAAUACAUCUCCGAUCACCUGAAACAAGAAGCGACUCUGGUUCUCAAAUCCUUGGAAGAUUUCCGUCCGGAAUGGUUUGGUCUCCCUCCUUAUCCAGAACUCAAAGGAUAAAUUGCCUGAUUCAUAAACAUAUAUUUUCAAUCAAGUAUUCGAUUUUAACCUAAUGAAGUUAUAUUUGCAUCCGUAAAUGUUUUUUUACUUCUAAUGUAAGACUGUACAGAAUUUUUAUUAGCAGAUUUUUGGGACAACUUUUUCUUUGUGCAUUGUAUUCUUUUAUUAAUGGCCCAGUCUGGUGAUUUGUUUUCUUAGACGAGGUUAACAUGCGUUCAGUGUUUAAUAAAUUGUUGAUUAACUGAAAA